AUGAGCGAGGAUGGCGUGUUGGCGAGUGCCGGUGAUCUAGAGAACGAUGAACAUUUUGCCGGUGUGAUCCGAGAGAUGGUGACUACAGCUUGCAGCUUCCGCAAACUUGGGGACCAGGUACCAUUUAAACGCAUGAGCAUUGUGUUCGGGGAGCACUCCUUCUUAGUCACCGUCUCCGGACAGAAGAUCUACGUGGUGAAGAGACACAAUGUUGUCCGUGAACCAAUCAACGUUUGA